AUGGCCACGCACCCAGCUUUCAGGCUGUAUCCUGUCCUCUCCUGCAUCUCUGUCUUUAUCCUCGUCGCAACCGACAAGCUCGUCCCCUUCAUGAAGACCUUCAACACUCCGACCACAGACGUCGCCCGUCUCAUUCCUCUCUCGUUCACCAUACUGCCAUGUUCGGUAGCCAAAGAUGCGACGUUCAACUUUCUCACCUCACUUCUCGCCGACAUCGGAUCCCGUGAUGGCGACAAUGCCCAUCAAGCCUCUUAUGAACAGUCUUCACUGAUCGUCCGUCAAUCUCGAAUACGCUAG